AUGAAACUUGUCUUCACAUUUCAGAUGAGCUACCGGAGGUUGGUCAAGAGAGCAUUGAUUAUGGACGAUGAUGAAGACGAGGAUACCGUUUACAGCUUCAAGGUUCUUUUGCCUAACAGCACUAGUGUGCCACUCAAAGUUACUAACCCAGACCAGGAGAUGCCAAUGGAGAAGUUUGUCAACCUGGUGAAGGAGGAGUACGAUAAAGCACGGAAAGAUUGUGUGUUGAUGUCUAAGAGGACAAAGGUUGACUGGAACUUGGGCCGAAAGUUCCAUCUUGAGUCAAAUGGUGGAAAAAUGAAGGGGAUGGUUCGCUUUGCUGCCUUUGAGCCCAACGUGUGCCAUAUAAUACGUCUUGAUGACGGUUCUGGUAAAACAUCCACAAUGUACGAGAACUUGUGGGAUUUGACUCCUGACACUGAUCUUCUAAAAGAACUUCCUGAAAACUAUAGCCUUGAGACAGCUCUUGCGGAUCUAAUAGACAAUUCCUUGCAAGCUGUGUGGCCUUGUUCUGGAGAAGAUGGAAAUGGAGAUCGAAGACUGAUUAGUGUGGAGGUUUCUGGUGAUCGAAUUUCUGUCUUUGAUACUGGGAGAGGAAUGGACAGUAGUGACGAAAAUGCUAUUGAUAAAUGGGGAAAAAUAGGGGGAUCGUUACAUAGAUCUCAAAAAACCUUUGCUAUUGGAGGAAAGCCACCAUACCUUAAGCCAUAUUUUGGAAUGUUUGGAUAUGGAGGUCCUUAUGCUUGUAUGUUCUUGGGAAGGCAUACUUUGGUGUCUUCUAAGACGAAAGAGUCCAAGAAAGUAUUCACUUUGGAAUACAAGAAGGAAGCCUUGAUUGACAACCGGUCAAUCUCUGGAAAACACUGGAAGACUGGUGGUGGCAUGAGGGACCCGUCGGAGGAGGAAAUUAAGUUAUCGCCUCAUGGAAGUUUCACAAAGGUUGAGAUAUUUGAUACAGAAUUUGACGUCUCAAAAAUAUAUCAACUCCAGUGCAGGCUUAAGGAUAUUUACUUUCCUUACAUUCAGUGUGAUGAACUCUCCAACACUAGGAGGACUGAAAGGCCUGUCGAGUUUCAGGUCAAUGGAGAAGAUUUGGCUGGGAUAAUAGGUGGAGAAGUUGCCAUUACCAACCUUAAUUCCAGGGGUCAAGAAUUUUCGUUUCAGAUUCGAUUCACUCUUAGCAGUGAAAAAACUGAAAAACGAAAAGGGACACCUCAAGAGGCAAAUGCUCGCCUCAAAUUUGUUUAUUUUCCAAUCAUCCGGGGAAAAGAAAGCAUUGAGAAAAUUUUGGAGGGAUUAGAAGAGGAAGGAUGCAAAGUUUCGGAAAGCUUCCAGACUUUUGGCCGUGUUUCAAUAAGAAGGCUUGGUCGUCUACUUCCAGAAGUCCGUUGGGAUUCAAUACCGUUUAUGCAAAGAGGAGCCAUAGCGUCUACUUUGCAGAAAUGUUGCCAAAGAGUUAAAUGCUUUGUCGAUUUGGAUGCUGGAUUUAGCCCAACACCUUCCAAAACCGACCUAGCAAGCCAAAAUCCUUUUUCAGUGGCUCUAAAAAAAUUUGGGAGUAAAUUUACGGAGAAGGAUACUACUGAUGUCAAAACUGUGAUUCACCGAGAAGGAAAACCACUAAGCAUCGCACAUCUGGAGCAGACUUAUCAGGAUUGGGUCAUGAAGAUGCAUGAUACCCAUGAUGAAGAAGCUACAUCGGGUGAAGAUGAAGCUACUCUCAUUGUUGAAUCCUUGGAUAAAAAGGCUCUUGGCAUUUUGCGUGAUGCUGUGAGGGUGCACAAGGAAGUUGCGAGAAAAGGAAUGUCUUGGAAACGUGGUCAGAAGAUAAAGAUUCUGAGAGGAGCUUAUGCUGGUGUUCACAGUCAUAAUGUCUAUGCUACCAUUGACUAUUUCCUAAUAGAAGGGUUCGAGGACGAAGUAGGCGGUGAUACUCGGAUUCUAUGCAGGCCUAUCAAUAUCCCCGAGAACGAGGGAUGCACACUUUCAAUCAUUGAUGGAAUUUCGAGACUGGAACUUAAGAGGUCUUUGUCUUUACCAAUCACUAUAAUCGACUCUGAAAAGUGCUUACCUGCAGACGCGGACGAAUGGAAUAGACAACUUGAGAAGCAGCAGGAAAAAGCACCAUCAAAAAUUGAUUUGCUGGAGGAGAGGGAGUGCAGAGAACUGAACAUUGAUGGGGAAUUACCAGUUGGUGAAUCUGUGCGUGUUGGGAGGGCUCCCCCGCAACAGAUUGUUGCAGUUGUUCGGCCUGCAUGCUUCAGAUCUCUAACACCGUCGAAGAAGUUGGACCAGAAACAUAUUGUUAAGAUGGAAGAGAAAGAAAUGGUCAUGGUAGUAAAAUUGCAAGACUCAAAUAUGAAAUCAAGUGAUAAGAGUGCCAAACCCGUGUGUUCGCAGCGCGUGUUUCCUACAUCCUGUAAAGGGAUUAGUGGUCUUUACAUCUUUGCACUUGGGUCAAGGUGUCCGGACCUUUUCAAGAAAGCUGGCACUUACGAAUUUUCUUUCUCUAUCGGCGACUCGUUGAGGUGCAAAGAAACGGUUGUUGUUAGACCUUCUUCAGUGGCAGCAAAGUGGAAACUUGAGGAUAAUCUGGAGUCCCUGCUGUGCAAUGUUCGGGUUGGUUCUUCUCUUCCACCUUUCCGUAUUGCGUGCUUUGAUGAGUAUGAGAAUCAGAUACUGUUCACUUCUAUUCCAAGCCUGGAAGUUGAACUGAAAGCUAACCCUGGAUUCGAACUCAAGAUUGAUAACAUUGAGGCCAACCUGAUAAAAAAAAGUUCAAUUCUUAUCAUCGAGAAUAUUCUCGUUGAGACUGAUGAGUUAGACCAGAUCAGGCCAAAUUAUGACGCAACCUUGGAGAUACGCGCAAUAGACAAACCUUUUUCUGUCUUGGUUGCUUGUAAAGUGAAUCCCGGACCUCUGAAACGUGUUGAAGUGAAUAAUCCUCAGGCGUUGGAAAAUUUGCUCCCAGGCUCUACUGUUGAAGAUUUUAUCCUGGAGUUGUUCGAUGGCUACAAUAACCAUGUUGCAGAAGGGACCGAUGUUCUGUUACAUAUCGAUGGCUAUUGUAUCGCAGACUGGAUGGACGUCAACCGUAAGGUUAAUGAUCGUGGCUGCACUGAUCUCUCUGGCAUUCUCAAAGUCACAAAAAGCUAUGGGAAAUCUGUCUCAUUCUCUGUUAUGUCUGGUAAUGAAGAAAUCUUUAGGAAAGAGUCUCAGAUCGAGGAACGAGAGCUAAGGCUUGUAACAGAGCUCCCCGAGUCCUGUAUUGCUGGCUCAAACCUUACAAACCUUAUUUUCCAAGUCACGGAUUCAGAUGGUACUACGGAUGAUAGUAUUCAUGAUGACGAAAAAUCUGGGUGUAGUCAUACCAUGAGCAUUGAAUCCGACUCAAGAAACAUUCAGAGGGGAAUCAGAUAUGCCUUUGAACGAGGGUCUUGUAAAGUUCCUUCUCUUUCCCUCCCUGAGAACGAGGUUGUCUUUUCUUUCAGGGUGUUCCAUUCUCGAUAUCCUGAGCUUCAUGUGAAUUUAGAGAUUCCGCUAACGCCUGCUCCAACAUUUGAAAGAGAUGAUAUUGGGUGUUCAACGCCUUAUUCAAGGACGACUACAACACCUCAAUCAGGGAUGGCUUCAACCACAAGUCUAGGGGAGACUCCAACUCCCAAUAUAGGGGUGGAACAAACUCCAUGUUCACAGUUUGGAGUUUUGGCCAUUAGGACAUCUUCAAUGGAUCGCAGUAGCCAAAAUGAACUGAUUGAUGUUGUGCAGUACACUCAGAGUUUAAAACAUAAACUCGAUGUAUACGAAACACAACAAGUGGAAAUUGAUGAGCGCCUAAAUUGGUUGGAGGCUGAACAAGAACAGGCUGAGCAAGAGUUGAUUACUUUGGAAGCCUCUCUGGAACCUAUCAGUGCGGCGUUGCCAGAAUGCUUAUCCACGAGAGAGUCGAUGAUGAAACAAAUCGAAGUGAAGCAUCAUGACACGUUAGCAUCGGUUUUCUGUUCUUUGUACAGAGAGGUUCCGACUCCGCAGUCUCUGCUUCUGUCAAAUAAAGGAGUGUUUGGCAUAGUAGCACUUCUCGGUUCAGUUGCGUCCACCUCACUAAGCAGGGCAUUAUCUGUAUAUCUGGGGAAAGACACAAUGCUUGCGUUAGUAUGCAAGUCAUCACAAUUUGGACCCAGGAGUGCUGAGUAUCUGAGACUUGAGUCUGAAGCAGCUAGGCUCGGGCGAUCUAUAACUAACCCUUUGCUAAUUCUUUGUCUUGAUGACACCAGUCCUUGGAACGGUGGACUUGUGAGAAAUGAUCCUCAGAGGAAAUUAGCCAUGGUCGACCCUGAACUACCCAGUGGAGAUCCUAUACCGGGUUUCAAAGGCUACGCUGUGAACAUGAUCGAGUUGGCUUUAGAGGAUCUGGAGAUACAAACAAAAUGGGAUCACGGGAUUCGAGAGACCCUUUUCUAUGGACUUUUUGGAGAUUUGCAAGUAUACGAGACCGGAAAGGAUCUUGAGGCAGCCCUUCCUUACAUCAAUGGUGCAGAUGCUGUGUCCCUAGAUGGUUGGAUCUCCAAAAAAAACGGGUUUAUAUACUCCGGAUACUGCAAACCGGAGAUUCAUUUUCCGAUAACAGUGACAGAGAAGGAAGAAAAAGCUUUGAUAAAAUUGGAAAUAACAAGAGACAGAAAGAGAAAAGCAGAGGAGAUGAUAGUUGAAAAGAAUGUUAAGAGCAGUUCCGUUGUGAAUAUCAUCAUCUGCAUGACUGCAUGCAUUAUUCGUGUCUUUGCAUUUCAGAUGAGUAACCAGAGAAAUGUUUCAAAGGUGGGAUGUUGGAAUCUUGGCGAAAUGUUUUUGAACUCCACUACUGUUCGGGUGGGAUCUUUUCUUCCGCCUUGCUGUGUCGCUUGCUUUGAUGAGUAUGGGAAUCAGAUACCAUUCACAUCUGUUCCAAGCCUGGAGGUUAAACUGAAAACCAGCCCUGGAUUCGAACUCCGGAUUGAUGAGAUUGAGGCCAACCUGAUAGGUCCUGGAAUUCUCCAAGUCGAGAAUCUUCUCGUCGAGGCUGGUUGGUUAGAUCACAUCAGACCAGAUUACAACGCAACCUUGGAGAUAUGCUCAAAUGACGGACCGUUUACCGUCUCAGUUGCUUGUAAUGUUAAACCUGGCCCUAUUAAGCGUGUUGUCGAGAAGAACCCACGGGCAAUGAGAAAUUUGCUGCCAGAUUCUACUAUUGAAAACUACAUAUUGGAGGUGUACGAUGGAUAUAAUAACCAUGCUGCAGAAGGCACCGAUGCUCUGAUAUAUAUUGAUGGCUGUUGUAUCCAAGACUCGGUGGGCUCUCUUCGAAAGGUUGAUGGUAAUGGCUGCAUUGAUCUGUCUGGAAUAUUCAAAGUCACUGCAGGCUACGGGAAACCUGUAUCACUUACUGUGAUGCAUGCUAAUGAAGAGAUCUUCACGAAAGUGUCUCUCGUUGAGAAACGAGACCUCGUGCUCUCAACAGAGCCCGAGUACUGUGGGGAGUGUUUAACUCUUACAGAACUCAUAUUCAAAGUGACGGAACCAGAUGGUUCAGUGGAUACAACCAUCCAUCAUGAUGAAAAUUCCGGGAGCUUCCACACCAUGCGCCUUGAGUCCAGUUCAAGCACCUUCGAGAGUGGAGUUACAUACGCCUUUGUCCAUGGUUCCUGCAAAGUGCCUUCACUUUCCCUACCUGAGACCGAUGGUGUCUCCUCCUUCAGGGCUUUCCAUUCUCAGCAUCCCGAGAUUUACGUGAGCUUUAAGAUUCUGGUUACUCCUGAUGAAACCCUUGAAAGCGAUGAGAUUGGGUCUUCUGAACCUCAAUCAAAGAUUGAUUCAACUACAAAUCAACGGCUGACUCCAACUCAACAGACUCUCAGUACCCAAACUGUCUCACUGGAUAUGGCACAGUACACUGAGAUUCUUAAAGGAAAGCUCAAUAGUUACAAAGAACGCGCAGAGGAAGUAGUUGAGCGUCUAAAAUGUUUGGAAGCUGAACAACAACUGGCUCAGAAAGAGUUGAGUAUCUUGCAAGCUUCUCUGGGACCUCUCGGUACGGUUUUUCCGGAAUGCCUAUCCACCAAAGAGGCAAUGAUGAAACACAUCGAAGAGAAGCAUAAUCAAACUGCAGCAUCGGUUUUCUGCUCAAUAUACAGAAAUGCUCCUCCUCCGCAAUCUUUUUUUAUGGCAAAGAAAGGAGUUUUUGGACUCGUAGCGCUUUUAGCUUCAGUACCCUCCACCUCCCUUAGCAGGGUAUUGUCUGAGUAUUUGGGAGAAGACACAAUGCUAGCUUUAGUGCGCAAAUCGUCACUCCCUAUACCGAAUAGUUCUGAGUAUCUCAGGCUUCGAUCCGAAGCAGCUAAGCUCGGAAGAACAAUUACCAAACGGUUUCAGGUUUUAUGUCUUGAUGAAAUGAGACCUUGGAUGGAUGGAGUUUUGGUGAACGAUACUCAGAGGAAAUUAGCCAUGGAGGAUCCGAAGCUGCCCGGUGGAGAUCCCAUACCGGGUUUCAAAGGCUAUGCGGUGAAUAUGAUUGAAUUGGCACCUGAUGUGCUCAAACCGGAGAUUCAUUUCCCGAUAACGGUAAGGGAAAAUGAAGAAUGGAAGCUGAGAGAAUGGGAAGCAGCAAGAGAGAAAGUGAGAAUGGUGGAGAAGAAGAUAGCGGAGGAGAGGUGUUUGCUGCGUAAGUUGGAGGAAAAGAUGAACAAGAAUAAGGAAAGAUUUGACGAUGCAGAAGAUCGUGUGAGAAGAGUGGAUAAUCCAUUUGCUAGUGUGGAUCAAACUCGAAUUGACCUGAUGCCUGAAGGUUCAUCAUCACAAAGGAGCCGAGGUGGGAGAACUAUUAAACCAACUCUGAAAGUUCGAGAAAUGCUCAUGGCUGAAGGCCAAGGACGAGAGAAACGAGGCCGUGGUGCUGGUCGUGGCUGAUCGUCUUUUUUUUUAUGAAUGUUUGGUUUUUUUCGUCUUUGCUUUUACUCAUCUUUAGCUUUAAAGUUUAAACAUCUUUUCUUGCCUUACUCUCUAAACUAUAUGGGUCAAACCUUGGAACAUUUUCUAGCAUUUAAAUUUAAUACCAUUUACCCUUUAA